CAUCAUCAUCAUCGUCGUCGUCGUCGUCUUCCCGAACCCGAAGCCUUUCCCCGCGAGCGCGGAGGGCGAAGAAAGCCCGCAUUGAUGGAUCUCCCCGUGCAGACUGAAGUGUGCAAAGCACAGACCUUGGGCGAGCUGAUCGAGAUCCUGCAUCGGUUGUUUUCUGAUGAUAAAGUCAGCGUGGCCGAAAUACAAACUUUAAUGGAAUCCUACGAGAGCAAUCCGGAGGAGUGGACCAGAUUCGCCCAAUUUGACCAGUUCAGAUACACAAGAAAUCUUGUUGAUAAAGGAAAUGGAAAGUUCAACCUCAUGAUCUUAUGCUGGGGAGAAGGUCAUGGCAGUAGCAUCCAUGAUCACACAGAUUCACAUUGCUUUAUGAAGAUACUUCAAGGAAAUUUAAAAGAAACACUAUUUGAAUGGCCUGGUAAAAAAGGGGCUGGAGCAAUGGUAAAGAAAUCAGAAAGGGUUUUGAGAGAAAAUCAGUGUGCUUAUAUUAAUGACUCCAUCGGCUUGCAUCGUGUGGAGAACCCAAGCCAUACAGAAACUGCUGUCAGCCUCCAUUUGUACAGCCCACCUUUUGAAGCCUGCCAUACCUUUGACCAAAGAACUGGGCACAAGCAAAAAGUGCAAAUGACAUUCUACAGUCAGUUUGGAGAAAGGACUCCAUAUGCACCUUCAAUUUCACAAGAGAACAACUGAGAAGCCCAAAGGCUACUGGUUUUUAUUCUUUUAAAUGGGACCAGAUGGAUUGUACGGUCAGUGUCAGAUAGGCAAGGGAGUUUCAGAUUUUUUUUUCCACUUCAACUACCACACCAUGAGGAUUUCCUCCAGCUAGAAUAAAAAAAUCCAGGUCCUUAGAGGAGUGUCAGUACCCACUGAGGCCCAGCAUGUGCUUCUUUGCAGCCAUGACAAAAGGAAAGAAGAGGUGGGACUUGCUAAGCCCCAUGGGAACAAGGGGCGGUGCACUUAGUUUUUGGGAGUCACAGUGUACUGAACCUAAUGAGCAGAGAGACUACCAAUCCCACAACCCUUUGUAGUUCCCAUGGAAUUUAGCAGCUCCAAUUUACUCUAGCCUUUUGCAAUGGCUGCAGAGACAAACAUGAUGGGCCUCAGAUAUGUCUACUCAUACUCCUCUGAGGACUUGGAAGUUGUUGGCUACUGGUGCCAGAAUUUUAGCUGGGGGAAAUUCCUUGUAAAUUGUAGUUGUGGUGAAACAAAAUCUGAAAUCUCAAUGUCUAGUGCUGGAAUCAUGGUAUGUCUGAGUAAUCUUUGCUUAAGACUACCUGCCAUAGGAAUCUCCAUGAUUAUGUAGUUAUGAAUGAUUUCUUGUUGUUGUUGUUUGUUGUUGUUGUUGUUGUUUUGAACAGUAAAGCAAGGAGUCCCUGGGACUGCUACAGAAUUGAGAUGAUUCUCAUGUCCUUUUGUUGGAUUUUUUGCUUCUUAUGAAUUCCACAUUUGAGAUUAGAGACAGAGAAAUUCAUCAUUUGUUCUUUGUGACUUGAUUCUUAGCAGCUGUGUCUCUAUGAAUGUAUGCCAGUAUAACUCCUUGUUAGCCUCUGGUUAGCAUAUUUUCUUUCAAAGCAGAGUUGAGCAAAUUGUGGCUCUCUAGGUAUUGCUUGACUGCAUCUCCCAUCAGCCCUAGCCAGUAUAAAGCAAUGGUGAGGGCUAAAGGCCGUUGCAGUCCAAUAUCCAGAGGACCAAAUUUUAUCCACCCCAAAGCUAGGGUGUAUAAAAGCCUUGUUUUAGCAUGACCUUCAUGAUCUGUUGCAACUUCUAAAUACUUUGUGUAUUUUUAAAUCUCAUGUUCAAUACUAUUUUUUUAAAUAGGAGUAAUAACAAAUUUCAUGUCUGAUGUUUUUGUGUUGGAGAAAAAGUCUGUAGACAUUGUUAAUGAUGUUAUAUCAUUAACAACAUCAUGGUUGUUUUUAAGGUACGUUGUAUUGUCAGGAUUUACCCAAUAACCUGAUUAAAAUCUAAUUUUGGAACAAAUUUCAAAAAUGUGUUUUUCUCUUUCUCUAUACAGUUUAUACUAAUCUGAUAAAUUGUGUUGUCUCAUUAAUGUUUAUCCCUGGCAAGUGCAAGAGGCUGGGAAAUAAAGUACAGUACAAUGGCCAAAA